AUGACCACACGAAAUGAUAUCAAAUUCAGAAUCUUGAUAAAUGGCGGUUCCGUUGGUUGGUUCUGUAGAGAUUACUACCAAUCAGAUAAGUAUGCCAAAUGCGCGGAAGACGAGACAUGCAAGACAACAGAUGAUGACUAUCAUUUCUGUUGUAACCACUUCAAUUACUGUAACUUCUACAGUACCAAUUGGUUCUUCUGGGUCAUUUUCUUUCUGGUGGCUUUUAUAAUCGUUGGAUUGAUAGGUGUAUUUAUUUGGAGAUAUCGGAAGAAACGGCGUGGUUGA